AUGUAUGUUUUUCCAGCAAGAAAGUUCCAAAUCCAAACACCCGGUUCCACAACAUUUACAUGUAUUUCUUGGAUGUUAAAUAGAGGUUAUGUAGCUGUUGGCGGUAGCGAUGGAGCUUUGCGUGUUAUGUUAUUAAAUCUUGAUCAGGACAAAUCAAAUCCUCCCUCAUCAUUAAAUCCUUGGCUAUCAAGUCAACAGCUUGAAGGCCACUCUUCUAGUGACGAAUCUUGGUUCGAGGAAAUGGUUAAUAAUAGACAAAAAUCAACAGUAUCUUCUUUAAAAUGGUCAAAUGAUGGAAUGAAAAUUGCCAUUGCUUAUGAAGAUGGACAAGUAAUUAUUGGUUCAGUAGAUGGAAAUCGUCUUUGGAAUAAAGAUAUUGGUGGAUCUCUGACUAAAAUUGCAUGGAAUACUGACGAUACACUUUUAUUACUUGGUUUUGCUGAUGGCGAGGUUCAUGCAUAUAGUCAAUAUGGCGAUUUUGUUAGUAAAGUUAAAAUGCUUUGUGUUGAAAAUUUAGAAUUAGAAACGGCACUUUCAAAUCUCAGAAAAGAUGUAAUUGUUUCUAUGGAAUGGUAUGUACCUCCACACUCAAGUAAAAUUGUUACUAAUGUUGGUGGUGGCCAAUCAUUAACACAACAAUAUAGAAAUGCUGAUACUUCCUAUAAUCUAACUGGUGAUGAAUCUUAUAAUUCAGCAUCUCGGUUAAAAGUUCCCGAAGGAAGGCCUCCUUUCCUUGUUGCCUAUCAAAAUGGAAAUAUUCAAUUAAUGUGUGUAAGUAUUGUCCGUUUACCUUCAACUUUAAUAAUUAUGGCACAAUGGUCACCAGAUGGAUCAAUGUUUGCCGUUGCUGGUUUACAAUUAGAUUUACCGGAAACUGAAAGAAAUGUUUUACAUUUUAUUUCUGCUUAUGGAGAGCGUCUCCAAAGUAUUCGUUUGGCUCCUGGCCAUUUUGCCGGGAUUGCUUGGGAAAGUUCUGGCCAUAGACUUGGUGCUCUUAUUGACACAAAUAUUUAUUUAGUCGUUAUUAAAUUCCCUUAUCGUUGGACUUAUUGUGGACAAACACUAGUUUUUGCUUAUAAAACCUUGGAUUCUUUACAAGAAGUUUUUUUUGAUUAUUUUAAAAUAUUUUUUAAAAAAUAUUCGUUGAAGGUUUUAGUAUUUUAUGAAACAAAAAUGGAAGUAAAAACUAAACGUUAUGUUCAAAAUCUUUGUUCACUUAAAUCUUAUGGAGAUUAUUGUGUAACAAUUUUUAGAACAGAAGAAUUACGUGGAGCGUAUACAAUGCAACUGUGUGACAGUAUUGGAACACCAGUAGAUAGCCAUACAACUAAUGUUCCUUGCAACGUUGUUGCUAUGAAUGCUAGUGUUGUAAUUGUUGCCUCUACAGAAUCUUUUAUUGUUUGGCAUUAUUCUGUUCCACGUCAAGAAAAUACUACAGCUGUCUCUACAGGGUUUCAGAAAACUGGAAAUACAAAUAGAAAUAUUCCCACAGAGCAGAAUGACAAAGUUCAUUAUAUAGAUGAACAUCGUACAGAAAAGCAGCAACAACCAACUAAUGGAGUAACUACAGAUCCUAUAUGUGCUAUAGCUACAUCAGCUAAUUUCUUUUUAAUUGCUUGUGAAUCAGGAAUACUUUAUCGUUUUUCAUUACCUAAUGUCCAAUUACAAUCAACAUUUAAGUCAAACAUUCCAGCUCCAAAAUUAAUGACAAUUAAUUGUGAUGGUUCUAGAUUAGCUUUAAUAGGCAAAUAUAAUGUUUUACGUUUAAUUGAUUUACCCAAAGAAAAUAUAUUUACACCAAUUUUAACUUUUGAAAGGAGAGAAGUUUGGAGUGUUGAAUGGGAUGAUGCUAAAAAUGAUUUAUUGGCAUUAAUGGAAAAACAAAGACUUGUAAUUGUUAGAGGAACUGAAACAGAUGAACCAAUUCCACAUAUUGGACGUAUUUGUCAAUUUAAAGAUUUAGUUGUACGCCUUGUUCUGCUUGAUGAUAUUUUUAAAGAGCCAGAUCGUGUUAGCCGUCACUCUUUUGUUGAAAUUGAAAUAAAGAUACUUAAAACAAUAAAAUCAACCCUCGAAUCUGACAAAUUACAGGACGCAAUUGCCCUUAUUGAGAAAGGAAAUCAUCCAAAACUUUGGUAA